AUGCAGAAAAUAAAGGAAUUCCCUAAUAUUACAUUAUUCAUAUUUACCAUCACCACUCCUCCAUCUACUGCCGCGGGGGAGCUGGGGCGUCACCAGCAUCUCCGCCACAACAGCAGCAUUACAGGCUGCACUGGACUAUGCCUGUGGCCACGGUGGCACAGACUGCUCCCCCAUCCUGCCCGGGGGAGGCUGCUUUGCCCCGAUCAACCUCCGCCACCACGCCUAUUACCAGAGGAAUCCAAUCCCCAGCAGCUGCAACUUUGCUGGCUCAGCCGUUACAACAAGCACUCAUCCAAGUUAUGUGACAUGCCACUAGCCCACUGCCCAUCUCUAAGCACAAGUUCAUCGGUGUUGAACACGAGUAGCUCGAUUGGAACCCAUGUUUUCGGGGCUGGUCCAGUCCCUCCCUCUCCUACUGCAGCUGCCCUGCCUAACUCUUGUAUACAUGUACUGCAACUCUUGGCACUACUUCUGUCAGUUCUACCUAAUUAGUUUAGAAAGCAUUACAUGUCACAUGUGGUGCAAUCGAAAAACUUGAAAGUUCUGUUAUUUUGCAACAAUUGAAAUUGUAACUUA